AUUUGAUCCUAGAGAGACAUACCCGGGGGUAUCGACUACUGUACGAGGAGGAGUGGACUGGCGGAGGGCGGGGAGAGGGAGGAGCUGGCCUUCAGGAACCACCCUUAGGUAGCAAAUGGACACUGUGCUGGUUUAUUAGGAUUUUAGGGGACGGCAACAUGGCGUACUUCCCAGAGGAAGUAGUAGAGCAAAUCCUUGGCUAUGUAACCUCUCACGAGGACCGUAAUGCCUUGUCGCUGGUGUGCCGGGCAUGGUACCACAUUGAGCGCCUCGGCCGCCGCUCGGUACUUGUAAGCAACUGCUAUGCAGUGUGCCCAGAGCGUAUUCAUGUGCGUUUUCCCAGCAUGCGUUCCCUAAGCCUGAAGGGGAGACCGCACUUUGCUGACUUCAAUCUUGUUCCGGCGGGUUGGGGUGCCACAGCGGAGCCAUGGGUGGAUUCAUGUGCUCGUGCAUGCCCUGGCCUUGAGGAGCUCCGGCUUAAACGGAUGGUUGUCACUGAUGAGUGCCUCAAGCUGGUUGCUCGCUCUUUUGCCAAUUUUAAGUCACUUGUCCUUGUCAGCUGUGAGGGGUUCAGCACUGCUGGGCUUGCGACUAUUGCCACCAAUUGCAGGUUCCUCAAGGAACUGAACUUACAAGAGAGUCUAGUGAAACAUCGAGGCCAUAAUUGGAUUAAUUGUUUUCCCAAGCCUUCUACAUCACUAGAAUCCUUGAAUUUUGCUUGCUUGGCUGGGGAGGUGAAUGCUCAUGCAUUGGAGAACCUUGUUGCAAGGAGUCCGAAUCUUAAAAGCUUGAGGUUGAAUCGUGCAGUUCCAUUUGAUGUUUUAGCUAGAAUGCUUUCUCGCACACCUAAGCUGGAGGAUUUAGGUAUGGGAUCUUUUUUACGAGGCAAUAAUGCCGGUGCAUUCGUCAGUCUAUUCACUGCUCUCGGACAGUGCAGUUCACUGAAGAGUUUAUCUGGGUUUUGGGACGCUCCGGGCUUGCUUCUUCCGGCAAUUUAUUCAGUUUGCAAGAACCUAACAUGCUUGAAUCUCAGCUAUGCUCCAUCAAUUCAAAGUGCUGAUUUUAUCAAUGUUAUUCGUAAGUGUACAAAACUCCGGUUCUUAUGGGUGUUAGAUCACAUUGGUGAUGAAGGAUUGAAGGCAGUGGCGUCUUCUUGUAUGGAGCUCCAAGAGUUGAGAGUCUUCCCCGUGAACUCAGGCGUUGAAGCAAGAACUGCUGUGACAGAGGAAGGGCUGGUUGUCAUAUCUUCAGGCUGUCGGAAGUUAAACUCUGUGCUGUACUUCUGCAGACGAAUGACUAAUGCUGCGCUGAUUACUAUAGCAAAGAACUGCCCACAAUUCGCAUCCUUCAGACUAUGCAUUCUCGAGCCCAGGUCAGCAGAUGCUGUGACAGGCCAGCCACUGGAUGAAGGCUUUGGGGCAAUAGUCCAGUCUUGCAAAGGCCUUAAACGUCUCUCUAUGUCCGGCCUCCUAACGGACAGUGUGUUCCUGUACAUCGGCAUGUAUGCCGAGAAGCUGGAGAUGCUUUCUGUAGCAUUCGCAGGAGACACCGACGACGGCAUGAUGUACGUGCUCAAUGGCUGCAAGAACCUCAAGAAGCUGGAGAUCAGGGACAGUCCAUUUGGCGACGCCGCUCUUCUCGCUGGCAUGGAUAGGUACGAAGCGAUGCGGUCGCUCUGGAUGUCCUCCUGCAACAUCACCCUUGGGGGCUGCAAGUCCCUUGCAGCAAGCAUGCCGAACCUCAACGUCGAAGUGAUGAACGAAGCAACACUGAGUGUUGAUGAGGCGGAUGAAGACUCCAACAAUGUGAAGAAGGUGGACAAGCUUUAUAUUUACCGGACGAUGGCCGGACCCAGAGGUGAUGUGCCUGGAUUCAUCUCAAUAUUGUAGACUGUAUUAGCUGUGGCGGUUGAAGGGUUCCUCUAGACCCGCCUUUUGGGUGAACUCGAUGUUCUGAACUAUAUCUACCUUAGUGGUGCUCUUCUGUUUUGUUAGUCUUUAAAAUGCGUAAUGUGUAUAGCAUUCUCUGAAACUUGCGCAGUAUCUGAAUCUGGGCCUUCUUUAUGUCGGACAUGUAAGAUCGUAAUUUCACGUUCGUAAAAUCAUUUCAUUUUGGUG